AGUACAUUCUGUUUGAUUCUGGAGAAAAAAUUUUGAUUUUUGACUUUUUCAACAGAAGAUUGAACGCCUAUAAUUCUUUUACUGUUCUAGUUUGCUUGCGUAAGCUUUCUGGUUCUGGAUCACUAAAUCAGAAGGAUUAAUUGUGUAGGUUCAGUUUACUUUUUAUUUGGUUUGGAAUCUUUUCUGUUUGCUUAAUCUGUAAGCUAGCUUGAGUGGAGUGAACAGAAAAGCAUGCUCUGUCUUUUAUUCUGUAUUAGUCAUUCUUUCCUUGAAGCAGUUGUCAAUCUUGUACCCUAUAGAUAGGAUUAUUCUUUAGCACAAGUUUCUGUGGUUACUGUAUUCUGGGUGUUGUUUCCCGAAAGAAACGGAGACAUGAUUUGAGAAGUAACCUGGCUGUUCAUUUGUAUUCUUUUCUGGUGCUUGUUUCCAGGCUCUUUUGUUUGUAACUAUGGAAUCAUUUAAGAACAAAUGCAAGGAUAUUUUCAGUAGCAGAGGUUGUUUUGGAUGCUGUGCUAAACCUCCUACAAUUCUUGCGGUUGAUCACUCAUCAAAGGGUCUGAGAAUUCAAGACCAAACAGCAAAGCGAGACAGCAUUUCAGACGACUUUUGGAGCACCAGUGCAGGUGAAAUGGACUGUAGUGGACUACAAUCCCAAAGAAGUAUUUCAUCAAUCAGCACCUUGAAUCAGCCCUUUGAUCCCUAUACUAAUGCUGGCAGCACAAGCAAUCCUUCUGAAUUUGUAAAUCAUGGCCUUCUUCUUUGGAUGCAAACAAGGCAGCAAUGGCUUGCAAAUAAGAGGUCUCCAAGCGGGAAACAAGUUCGAGAACCAGCAAUAAGUUGGAAUGCCACUUACGAUAGUUUGCUUGGGAUAAACAAGCCUUUCCCCCGACCUGUCCCUCUUGGUGAAAUGGUGGAUUUUCUUGUUGACGUUUGGGAACAAGAGGGUUUGUAUGACUAAAUAAGCUGGAAAUUUUACAAGUGCUUUCUCCUUCCUUGAAUAUCGCCUAAAGGUUGCACCUAGCAGGCUUAGUUCCAUUAGCUAAUGGCAUACCUCAAACUUAGCAGGUGUUAGGUUCUAGUCUCCUAAUUCCUCUGUAUGAUUAUUAUAGCAGCCUUUUUUUUUUUUUUUUUUUUUUCCUUUUAGGCCUUUUGGGUGGAACAAAAAUGUGUAGCUUGUUUUUAUGUUAUUGAUUUUUAGUUUUUCUUAAUCAAAUAAAAUUUUAAA